AUGGAGAGUUGGGAUAUUAGCAAUGUGGUAUCUCCUCAUUUAAGUGAUUUAUUAGAUGACAAAGAUCAAGAACUAGAAGAGAUUCGGAGAGAGCAAGAUGCGAAGGAGUGGAUGGCUUUAUGUCAUAUAACAGGUAAAUACAUUUUGAUGUAUUGUGAAAAAUACCUAUGCAAAGAACCUUGUCGUACAUCAAUGCGCUCUGGAAAUGAGUUUAUUCAAGAGAUAUUACGAGGAAAUGAGACUCGUUGUUAUGAAAAUUUCCGACUGAAGAAGGCGGUGUUCAUUGAUCUAUCCAAUGACCUAACUGAUAAAUAUGGGCUUAAACGCACUCGUGGAAUGUCUAUACAUGAAAUGUUAGGCAUAUUCUUGAUGACUUGUGCACAUGGAGUUGGAAAUCGAAUGAUACAAGAUAUCUUUCAACAUUCUGGAGAGACAGUUCAUAGACACUUUCAUAGUGUUUUAAAGGCCGUUUGUAAGCUUGCAAGAGAUAUCAUUCAACCACAUCCAAAUUAUAAUGUUGGUUGCGAUGCUCACAAGCCAUGUAAACAAAGAUAUCUCCCUUUCUUUAAAGACUGUAUUGGAGCAAUUGAUGGCACACAUGUUAAAGCUAGAUUACCGCAAGGUCAAGAGAUACCAUAUAUUGGACGUAAAGGUUAUCCGACUCAAAAUAUUCUCGCCGUUGUUGAUUUUAAUAUGUGUUUUACAUUUGCAUGGGCUGGGUGGGAAGGAGCAGCUCACGAUAGUCGUAUAUUUGCUGAGGCCCUUCGUAGAGAAGAGCUCAACUUUCCACAUCCACGCGGAAACAAAUAUUAUCUAGUUGAUGCAGGAUAUUCACACAUGAAAGGAUACAUGGCUCCGUACAAAGGAAAUAAUGUAAGAUAUCACCUAGCUGAAUUUCGCCGCGGUGCAACUCGAUAACUGCGAGAGCUAAGAGGACGCA